CAUUUUUUUUUACUUACCCAGCUUUAAAAACAGUGUUUUCUGCCAAUAAAGAAAUCCAGAGAAUGGCAAAGGAAAACUUUGUCAUGUUCAAUCUGUUGCAUGAGACAGAAGACCCCAAUCUUGCUCCUGACGGCUACUACGUGCCACGAAUUAUCUUUAUCGAUCCAUCUUUGACAGUUCGAACAGAAAUCACUGGAAAAAGUAAGAAGUACAAGUAUGCCUACUCACCUGAGGAUAUUCAAACCUUAUAUGACAACAUGAAGAGGGUGAGACUGUUACUCAACACUGAGCUCUAACAAGAUGUCCCUGCAAUCUUGGAUAUUCAAACAUUCAGUGCUCUUUCUGAAUAAUUUAAAGGUGACAGUGGGCUGCAGGCCACAAAUGUUUCAUUUUGGACCAUUUCCCAUUCUUAUUUAUUUUUAUUCACUUUCAUUUAGAUCCUUCAUCAGGAAUUCUCAGACAUUACAUCAUCUUUCUGCUUAAAAGUGUUUACAUAUCGAAGAACCCUAAAUUAAUCUCUUAAACUACCGGCUCACAACACGUGCUUCUGGGACUACCUGGGGUAGUCUAACCCAAAGGUCUCAAGAAACAAAAGAAAAGCUUUUAGUCCAGUGAUAGUAGUGAUACUAAUAUACUGUAUUCAGUCUGGUAUAGUGCUAUCCAUAAUUGGUGGUGUUGCCCUGCCCUGUAGAUCUAGUAUUUAUAAUCAGUAGCAGCAUUACUUUCAAUUUAAUUUUAUGUUGAAGUUUCAGGGGGCAUAUUUUUCUAAAGGGGUCCCCCACUCUUUAAUGGAGAACACCUUUUUUUACAACAAGUGUAUUUUCCUGCUGUAUGUUGGCCUCAACAGCUGUAUUGGUCUCAUGAAUUUAAUUGUCUGUUCUUAUUUUUUUUGUGCUAACUUACAUUUAUAUCCCACCAACUGUAAUUACUGAAUAUGAUGUAUAUAGGAAACAUGCAUUUUGAAAAAGAAACAAGAAAAUCCAUAUUAUAAAUUAUUGCCAUAAAGUAUUUCAUCAGGGUGUGGAUAGUACAUUAAUUUCAACUGCAUAAAAGUAAAAAAAAAAUCUGUAUGGUGUGAUUAAAUAAAAAGGAUCUUCUAUUGCAAUUUUAGUAUUCAUUACAAUAUGGAACAAGAGUAAAUGACCAAAAAUGGGAUGAAAUGGGUUGAAAUAAAAUCUACAGAGUAAAUACAAA